AUGUUGUGCCAUGAUCCACUGCCCGUUCCCCGAGUGGUCGACGCUGGGACAGGGAAGCUAGUGCUGCUCGAUGAAUUUGUCCGCCUUGAGGGACAUCACUGGGCUUCGUCAUGGACGAAAGGGCGAGGGAGCAUCUAUCGCCUGGAUCGCUACGGCCAUCGUGGCGAAUCCCUCCUCCUUCCAAGUUUCUGCCGGGUCGAAGAGCCAGAUCUCGGUGUGCACCUGGAGACCGGACACGGACGUCAAGACACCUCGUGGCUUUGCCCUGGAUUAGCCAAGCUUGCUGCGGAUGUAGAGCCGCGGAGGCUCUCUUUGUCUGAACUUUUGCAGACUAUACAAUCUUCCAGCUCCAUCGAGAUUGUCCUUCCAGUGGCCAAGCUGGGCUUUGAUUCUGCGAUUGCUGUUGAAGGUUUUAGUCGAGGUGCCUCAAGGCGAUGUCCAUUUUACAUCAAGGCCUUUGACAUGGGAGCGAGAUUGCAGCUCUCAAUGGUGCCAUCGUUGAAAACACGCACAGGAGACCCAGAUUCCGUGGACGCAGAAAUCUUGGCUGAGCGACUGAGUGCGCAGAUCUUUCCUGUGCACGGGCAAAGGGCGCGACUGUGCAUUCGCCGCCUGGGUGGCCCAGUACUGGACGCUCGACGUCUUCAAGCGGGAGUCUCCCUGCAAGACAUCUGCCGUUACCUCACCAACGAAUGGGUCAGAGACCUUGUUGCCGCACCCAGCAGCUGGGCACGCCUGGAUGCAUAUGCUGAACGCAGCUGCUACUUGGAGGCGGCCCUAGGUCCCGUGCCAGGUUUGGGCAGUUUCGUACCGUGGAAAUCGCAGGAGAAUUGUGAUGUCUGUGGUGCAGCAGCGGUGGGCUCGCAGGUGCCUGAGAAGGAAGGCACCGCACUAGCUGUCUGUCGAGACUGUGCAGCUUUCGUGCCCGGAUCGCAAGCCUUUGCGGCAAAGCAAGCGCUUGCUCAGCACACAUCUCGGCCAGAACACCAGCUGGUUGGCUCCUUUGAUUCGGGCUUGGAUGAUGCACUUGGCUCUGGUGGAGAUCAGACUGAAGAUCCAGCUUUUUCGGGCAACUACAUGUGGCCAGAGGGCACAGUAGGCAAGAAGGAUGUCGUGCUGGUGGCAGGUGGCAUGUUGUCAUUAAGGCCACCAAAGAAGGGUUGGCCGGUGAAUUUGGAUGCCGAGCUUCACAAGCAGUUGCGGCUUGUGCUUGGCUGCGAAGCAAGAUGCCUGAAAAUUCUUGGCACAGCUGCUGAGGCUGAAAGCACGAACAUUCUUGUCAACUUUGUCUUUCUGCAUCCGGUGAUGUUCUUCGCCGGCAAGGACCACGAUGUCAACGAAGUCGAGGGGGCAGAUAAGGAUGUGGAUCCCAUCAUGCCGUUGACAUGGUAUGAGAAGCUUCAGAAAGAGCUUCGAAAUAUGGCGGAAGCCCAGCACGAGCGGAAGACUUGGACAAAGGGCGAGCAGGAUGUUGCAGCUCCACUGCUUCUGGUCAGUGACCUGAAGCGUGUCGUAUUGCCGUGCAGCCUUCUGCUGUUGAGAAGUCAUCAGGAAUUCUGCAUCCCUGCAGCGUUCGAGAGGUCUCCUAGCCAGGAAGUCCUGUUGAUGCACGGUGACGUCAAUGCCUUGCUCGACCAAGUUCGAGAUCGUGAGCCGCAGGCUACGGCACAUGCCACAGCCGCAGCAAGCGCUGCAAGGCGGCGACAUUCUGAAAAGGAGCGCCGGUCCACGGUGGCGGAGCUUUCACAAGAAGAUCUUUCCACGGCCCGUAGGCGCUUGACCGAAGUUUCGAGGCCCGGCGAAGAAGAGACGAUUGGAAAUCUGGAACUGCCGCAACGCUCCAAGGAGUCGCAGGAUGCGCAGUCGGCUCCGAGGAAUUCCACCUCAGAGAGCCUUCCAAAGCCAGCAGAGCCCGAGCUGUCCGCGGAGUCCGCAGAGUCCGCCGAGUCCAGAGGCGGAGGAGUGGCAAGUUCGGAGCCGCCGGCGCUUGAUGGCGAUCCUGGUCAGCCUGACAGUUCUGAAACGGAGGCGCUUGAGCUUAGUAAGAAACUUGAAGAGGCAGAGGCGGCAGAGCCCCAGCAAUUGCAAGAAGGCCAGCAGCUGGAAGAAGUGGCUCAACCUGCGGCAGAUGGUGAGACAGUCAUGGAGGGGACGCUGCGUGAGGAAGAUCUUCUGGCCGCUCUGGAGCCUGAGGUGCCAGAUGUGCAGGUGGAGCAACCGCCAGAAAGUGCAGCGCCCACCAGUGUGGAGCACGAGAAUGGUAGCCCUCAGCAAGGGCACCUGGUGCCGCCGGUGCCACCUAUGCCCGUGAAUCGACUCCCGCCUUCAAGCUUCGCCGUCAGGGAGGCCGUCGUUUCAGCUGUUUUGGCAUUCCGGCCGACUCUCGAGCAACUGGCGGUUCGUUUGCAGGGCCUCGUCGGCGAGAGGGAGGCAUCUGACACUCAGGCCGAACGUGUGGAGUCCCUUCUGAACCGAUGGGGCUUGGAGCUGUCGGAAGGCGCCGGCACGCCACCGCCAACCAGGGCUUGCCUUGCCAUCCUAAGCCGGGAUUUGCCAAAGAAGGACGGGUCCAGCCCGAGUGCCCUAGACGUGUCUGUCCAAAGUCGCAACUAUCCUGUAACAAAUGUGCUGCUUCGGUAUGUGCCACAGCAUCUGAGUGCACAUCUCAUUGAGAUUCUGAAUGGCCAAAACCCCUUCACCGGUCAGAGUCUGUUAUAUGCUGCCGUGCGAUAUUCCAAUCGGUACACGCUCGCGGUCGUGGACGCACUCCUGCAGCGUCGUGCUGACAUCAACGGACCCGGUGCCUGGGUUGAGGGAGCUGCAGGGAUGGAACCGAUGGUAGCUGCAUGCAUACGCCGUGCCGACUUGCCUCUCGUCGAGCGGGUGCUUUGGCACCAAGCGGAUGUCAACGCGAAGUCAGAUGGCAAGCCGAUUUUGCAGAUUGCUGUUGAGCGUGGAAGUGAAGAGAUCCUCUCAACAUUGCUCCGCAGCCGCUGUGACGUAAAUGCAACAAAUAGGAUUGGCCGCACAGCUCUUGUCGCUGCUCUCAGAACAGGAAGGCCUCCUUUCCCGUUGGCCCAGCAGCUUUUGGCUGCGCGCUGUGAUGCAUCUCUCUCUGAUUCGACUGGGGUGCAGCCAUUGUUGCACACGGCAAGCAUUCCAGAGCCUGGCAUUCACACCCUGCUGCUUGCACACCGCGCCGAUCCAAACGCAAUUGCGAGCCCUGCCACUGAUCGGCACGCCCGCCUGUUGCACGUCGCGGCACAGGCCAAAAAUGAGACAAUGCUGAAGAGCUUGCUGGAAGCUGCCGCUGAGGCAAAUGCACCUGAAGGCCUUGGAAGGACAGUGUUGCACCUGGCAGUUUCCCAGAACCUUUCCAAUGAAACGAUGGCCGCCAUAUUGCAUGCGCGGGGGGAUCCGAACGUCAUGACGGGCCAAGGUUCCGGUGGCGAGACCCCACUGCGUCUGGCUGUCUUGGCCCAAUCACCUGCAAAAGUGGAGCUGUUGCUUGAGGCCAGAGCCAGUGCCAACGGCUGCAAUUUCGCUGGCUGCACGGCUCUUCAGGCAGCUUUCUGCUCUGGCGACUCUGCGAGAAUCUCUGACUUCUUGUUGGUUUCAGGCGCUGAUCCUCAGUUUAAGCGCAGGACCCUCUUGACAUCGCAGGAGUUUUCUCACAUCAGCUCUCUAGAUCUGAGUCACACCGUACCGACCGUUCCUCCCGUCACGAUCCAGCCUUUCAGACCGGAGGUCACCAUGGGUACACAUCCCAAAUACUUGGCCGAAACCUGGUCAAAGGCUAGGUUUCGUCGCCAGCGUGUAGUUCGGCCAGCCGAGCAGAUCGAAGACUUCGAUCCGCUUUGCCCUCUAACACUUCCACCGCUGGAGCGGAAGUUCAACCGCACCCUGGCUCCGCGGCAGGAAAAGCUGCCCUGGAGGACCGCUUGA